CUUUCUUCAUAUUUUCUCGCGGGCCUUUUACGCUAUACAACUUUUUGAUCUACUCCUCGAUCUCUUUCAAGUCAUUGCUUUGUCCCGUCGCCCUCAUCCAAGUUAACGACUGCUCCUCGUCCCUCUCGGCCAUUUCCCCUCUAAACCACAGAAAUGUACCGCGCGACACGAUAGCCAUUGACUCGCAAUCUUCUCUCAUGGCCGCCUAGGCCGUAACUCUUCACCCUCCACUUCAGCUUCUGAUCGGCCGAUUUGACAAGUCCUGCCGCGCGGGGCUCAUUGCAUUGUACAUAGAAAUCUAUUGCGCCGAUUCCAGCAUAUCCCGCUAUAUUACUCGCCAUGUAUGGCAGCAGCAUACUACUGCUGGUCGCCGCUCUGGUCGCCCUCGUGAGAGCGAGUCCGGCAUCCGGACUAUUAACCCCCACGCCCUCGCAAGUAUACGAAACAACGGAUACGAUACCGCUGCCCAACGUCGGCAAUCUGCAAGUCCACGAUCCAAAUGUGGUCUACUGGGAUGAUCACUACUACCUCUUUAAGGGAGGUUGGCAUGUGCCGUAUUUCAAAGCCGCCAACAUGAGCGGGCCCUGGACGCAAGUGGGAACCGUGUUGGAUAGCGAUAGUAUCAUCCACCAGGGGAAUCGGUCCCGCCCUUGGGCGCCGACGACGGUUGAGCGCAAUGGGACCUUUUACUGCUUCUACACACUGAGCACGCACGGCUCGCGCAAUAGCGCAAUCGGCGUCGCGACCAGUACCACGCUCGACGGAUCGCCCUGGACCGACCACGGCGCAAUGAUUCGCACGGGUCAGGGCAAUGGUUCUGAUGUGUGGCCCUUUACGAUAAGCAAUGCGAUCGAUGCCUCGUUUAUCCGCGACAAUGCCACCGGGAAAGCAUACCUCAAUUACGGCAGCUACUGGCACGAUAUCUGGCAACUACCACUCUCGAGUGACUGGCUAUCGAUUGAGACUCCCGCAAAGCCGAACGCGACGCAAUUGACCUUUAUUCCGAACCAGACGUUUCGACCCGAGGAGGGCUCGUGGAUGAGCUACCACGAUGGCUAUUACUAUGUGUGGUUCAGCCAUGGCAAAUGCUGCAGCUUUGAUGUGCGCGGGUUCCCUGCGCGCGGCGAUGAGUAUAAUAUCCGCGUUGGUCGGUCGCGGGCCGUGCGGGGGCCUUUUGUAGAUCGUGAGGGGAAGUCGCUUCUCGACGGCGGUGGGACGAUCAUUUAUGCUUCGAACCACGGGCUGGUUUAUGCCCCUGGCGGGCUUGGCGUGUUGCCUGGGAAUUCUUCCAUGCCGGAUAUACUUUAUUAUCAUUACCUGAACACUUCGAUCGGGUUUACGGACGAGCAAGCGCAAUUGGGCUACAAUUAUUUGAAAUACGAUAAUGGGUGGCCCGUGGUCUUGGACGGAAUCGAUACUAAGAGUGGCGCAGUGACCAUCGCCCGCUUGCCUGGUGGGUGGCCUCUAAUGAUUUUGUCCGGUUUAUGGCUAUGCAUGCUGUCAUAGUUACUUGGCCCGGUCCAGACGACUGGAUUUUUGAUGAUUCCUCAUUUGCUCUUUCUGUCAAGCGAUUCCAUUGAUAGACCUCAUGGCGGCGUUUUUAUUCAAUUUCUGGUCUUCAUUACGGCGAGCACUGAUGAUCAUGGCAUUGCAUCGAUGAUGAUGUUAUACCUCUUGUAUGGCGACUUUGACUCUUUC